GUCUAUCAAUGACCCCCAUCCGGCCCGGAAUCCUCCUCGAGCCCGCGGGGUGUGUGUUGAGCGCAAACUCAAAGCCCAGCCGCUACUUGUGUGCUCAGCAUGUCUGGUCUAGAGGUUGUCGCUGCCGUCGCGGCCGUCGUCUCCGCCUUUCACGGCGCAUCAGAACUGCUCCAGUACAUUCGCAAGAAACACAGUGCUCGCAAAUCCCCAAACUCGGCCAAGCAAGAGCGCGAGGAGCAGCGCCUGCAAGAGUCUCUGGUAGCAGCUCGACGGCAGAUUGUCGUACGUUAUGAACAAGACCAACUAGAGCUCGGUGAUGAGGUUCGUGUCGGUGACGAUAUUGCCCGAGAGCGUCUUUACCACAUUGCUCUCAUGUUGCAGGCUGAGAUAAUCAACAGCCUCAAGCAAGCUGCUACAAGCCAAGUCUGCGUGCUGGAUUUGCGCCUUCUGCACGAAGCUUCAGUUGCCAAUCGCAACGAGACGCUGGUAACCUUGGACGAGCUCAAACAACGAUUAUACUUCACUCGCCCCAUGGCGCGACAGCCAAGAGACUUGGGUGAGGGGUCGCGAGAAUGGCAAUCUCACGUCCUCGCGCCCACGACAAAAGCGAACCGCGACUCAGCCUACCAACUAUCAGACCAUUACGUUUCGCCAGUCGCUGACUACCCCCCACAUAGCGACUACAGCGCCACUAGGCAUCCCUCGACAGAUUACCCUCCACUGUAUGGCAGAGACGCGCCCCAUCUAGCUCCUUCGGCAUACGGGCCUGCACACCCCGUCGACCCAAACUUGGCCAUGGCGCUCAAAGGCCUUCCCCCCAACCUCCCGGCAGCCAUGAUGAGAGAUAUCCAGCACGUGAUCAGUUCGUACCGAGACCUCACACUCGAUGGAGGAGCCUAUCCGGAACAAAGUCGUGCAUACCACGCCGGCUAUUCUGAGCGACCAGAGGCCCGCGAUACAUCGUCCUACAAUCAUUACUCAUCUGACCCAACAAAUACCAGGUUUCAGAAGGACGCCCAGCAUGAACAUCACCACAUCCCACAAGCCUACUCAGACCAAGAUGCAGCCCAUUCUUCCAGGUCGCCAGCAUUCAAACAGGACAUAUUUGAGCUACACAGUGAACAGUACGGUGGCCGUCCGUCGUUGGUGGCUCCAAAUCCAUACCCCCAGAUGCAAACGAGAGCAUCAACACAGAACUCUCAAGGGUCAGAAUCUUCGAGUGCUAGCUCUGCUCAGUCCAACUUUGCCUCGCCCGACCGGAUCAGCCCCAACCCCUCGCACGCAUCGUCGAGCAGAAUAGCCUAUGCACCACCCCAGCACUUCCCGUCUUCUGAAAACGGUCGUAUUCCUUCGCCAUUGAGCAAAUCAUAUCAGGCCGAUGAUGACAGCUACUGUGACUUGCCUAUUCCAUGCUCUCCACACUCAUCUCCGGAAGACAGGGAGAUGCCUCCCCCCAUACCACCGUUGUCGCCCGCACGCAACCACCGCAAUGCCUCUUCAGGUACCUUUAGACAAGAACUUUCUUCCACACCAUCUCCUACAACCCACAGUAGUACAAAAUCGCCGAUACACGUACCGUGGCCAGGGACAAGCCAGAAACAACCACCCUCGACUAUGCAGCAUGCCGCGCCACAGCGGCACCCCCUCACAAUUGAAGAAGAGCAAGCACUCAGAGACUACUACCGACUCCCGAAGUACUCUGUGUCUGUCACAGCAGGCAACGCGUCAUCCAGCACUCCCAGUACGCCCAGUACGCCCAGCCAUGGCCGCGAGCACGCCAGGACAUACUCGGGACUCUCUGCCAUUACUUCUGCUGCUGCCUCCUCUUUGAGCUCUCUCAGCACUUUAAAACCCUCGCGACACCUCAGUAUCACAUCAUCCACCGCCUCGACCGAGAGCACCACAUCCAUCCCCAUUGGCAUUCUCCCCGGACGCCGCAUGCGCCCUAUCGCCCCUUCUACAUCGCACUCUGGACCCGCCCCAGCCGAGGCAAUGAUGGCCGGCCGUCCAAACAAAGACAAUUCCUAUUGGGGUUUCUGCAAAGGCGCCUGGGCCGUCCGCGAAGAUGUUAGAAAGGGCCUUGCCGUACGCACACAACCCUGUGGCUACUACACGACGCGCCAACUCUGGGGCUGCAAAUGCUGUUCCUUUACGGGCGACCUCCUCAAAGCUCCGCAUCCGACUAAAAAAUCGAAACAAAUCGAUGUGGUAGACGACCGCAUCAAGCUAUCGCAAUCGGGUAUCCGGUACCGCUGGAUUUUCCUGGCCAAAUCCCACGUCAAGAAGAAGUCGAUGGAUGCUACAGGAGAGGGUAGUUUUGGAUGCAUAUUGUGUUGCUUCCAGGACAGGGUGUCGGAGGUGUAUUGCGGCGUCGAGGCCCUGAUGAAUCAUAUUGCGCUGGUCCAUGUGGGCGAGAUGAGUGAGCAGGUGCGCAGAAAGGCAAACUGCAUCUUGGGUGUUGUGGCGGGGAGUGACGACGACUUUGACAUCAACGUGCCAAUUUUCGGCGGCAUGGACGACAGGUCGAGCAGGUAGAUGAGUGUGGCGUUGGUGUUUGUGAAAACACCCGAUAGGUUGGUUGUGAAAGCGGAGGAGUGGCAAGCGUUGGUCGCGACUUUAUGUGUAUGUACAUGUUGAGGGAUACAUGUGUCUUUUUUUCUCUACUUCAGGAUACCCUAUUUGCCUUUGUAUAUAACUUUAUCAUAUAUUUCAGUUUACUUUUGUAUAUUAAGCACUGUUUUAGC